AUGUCGCCCAGCCUCAAGCCGCUGCUCCUCCCGCAGCUGGUCGACCAGCGCCGCAAGUGGGAGGUCCAACAGUCCAGCCCCGACUGCGAUCUCUCCUACGUCUACUACACCACAAACUCGUCCUCGUCCGACAUCACCUCGCCCGUUACCCCGACCUUUUCUCCCAAGGGCCACUUCCGAGUUUCCAGCUCUGCCUCGUCUCUCGAUCUCCCGCCUCAGUUGCAGGAGAGCCCAGUCUCGCCUACUACGCAAACCGUCCAUUCCAAGUCGAAGAGUCUGUUGCCCGACGUGCAGGAAGAGCCUUUUGAGCCCGAGGACGACGACGACGACGACGCUUCCGAUAUGGACGAUCACUUUGGUCUCUACAGCUGUCUCUGUGACGAGCCCUGUGAGCACCGAAAUAGUUCCGAGGACAUCAUGUUUCACGGCAACCUCGUCAGUGAUUACGACUUGGACUACGACAUGGGAUUCCUUAGCGACGGUGACGUCUCGGUCGACGCCAACUACUCUAACAGGAAAAAGUCGGGAAGCGAAUCCCCAUUCAGCGGCCUCACCUCGCGCAUUGGAUCCCGCCUGCCCAGCAUGACCCGCUGGAAGGCCAGCAGCCGAAGCAGCAGCCGAAGAGGCAACCCGAUCCUCUCUCCCGGCGGCGAGCUCAGCCUCGAGAGCGUCGUGCUUUCGGGUGCUCCCUCAAGCCGCUCGUCGUCCAUGUCUGCCCCGAGCCGACCUGGCCCUGAGCGCGCCAACGAGCCGAUCCUACCCACGCCGGCCCUGUCCUUUUUCGAGAGUACUGAGAGCAUCAAUCUACCUUCGCCCAUCGAUAUCGACCAGCCCAUGACCUACCAGGAACGAUCGAGCCUGGAACGCGAGCGUGGAAUGGCCACCACACCUCUCCUGCCGCCACUCAUGACCAGCGGUCUCAGCAAGCCUCCCCCAGAGUCGCCUCUGCAGUCCCCUACCGUGGCGCCCUCUCCAGCCACCACUGAAAUCCAAUCGCCCCCGCCCACACUCACACAGUUCCCGAGACCGGCCCUCAGCACCAAGCCGUCUGUCUCAUCUUUCCGACACGGCCCAAGUAGCCCCGAGCUGCCUCUCCCGCUCCCCGCGAUGCUACAGGAGCACGAUGAAUGGUCGGACCGUCUCGGACACGCAAACUUCACCAUUACCCCCCUGCCCUACCAGCCCGAGACAAUCAACCUGGAGGCGCUUCGACAGCUGCGCAACGAUUGGGACAUGGCCAGGUGCAACUACACUAAGCAUUUGGUGCGAACUGGCGAGAACUACGGCGAGACGAGCAAGAUUUACGCGCUGACGGAGGCCAAGUGGGCGGAGACGGAGAGGCGAUGGCGAUCGACCCACGACAGCCUUAUGGAGCAGAUUGUGGCGGUGACCAACUCGGCUUCCCCUUCAAUGAACGCCUCCCGAAGCCGCAGCCGAGGCCGCGGACGCGCGCGCGCUAGUAGUGGCGGUACUGCGCUCCUGGGCCGUCCCCCGGUCGACGACGUCUUUGCGGGCAUGCAAUGGCGACGACUGGAGGAUGGACUGCCCAGCGCGGUUCCCCGAUUGCUCGACGCGGAGGGCAAGUUCCCCGCCCGGGGCGACGAGGACAUUGUGGGACCGAUGCAACGGGACGAGGUCAUGCUACGGACGCACAGCGAAGAGCGCAAGGGGGCGCGAUUUUGGAGGAGCCUGGCCGGCAAGGUCGGCCUCCGAAAGUAA